AAACAAAAUUCACCCUAAUUUAGCUUCUCAUUGUGUUUGUUUCUCUCAUGAUCCAUGUAUAAAUAAUACAAUUAUGUCAAUUGUACAAUUGAGUUUCUUUGAUUACUACCCCUCUCAUUUCCAGAGGGAAGAGGGUUCUUUUCAUUUGAAUAAGAACCAUCAUGUCAAAAUUAUACCAUUUCUUCCUUUUGACCUGUUUGGUAGUAAUCAUACAUACAACAUUAGUGCAGGCUAAUGUAAAAGAAUAUAACUCCUACUGGAAUAAGGUGCUUCCAUCACUUAAUAAUUCAUAUUGGCAGGAAAAAGCAGCAAUUGCUGCAAAGGCAAACGAUGAAGCUUAUACUCCCGACCCAUAUGCAGUCACCGGAAACAUGAGUUAUGCUGUUAGCGAAAUGAUAAUUGGCGGCAAUAAAGGAAGAAGGAAUCUGGGGACCCUUAAACAUGGUCCAUGCAAGGCUACAAACCCCAUUGACAGGUGUUGGAGGUGUGACCCUAACUGGGCAAACAACCGCAAGAAGCUUGCAGAUUGUGUGCAAGGUUUUGGAAGGAAGACUACUGGUGGAAAAGCCGGUCCUAUCUAUGUGGUAACUAGUCCCUUAGAUAAUGACAUGGUGAAUCCACGUCCAGGUACCCUUAGGCACGCAGUUACAAGAAAUGGACCAUUGUGGAUCAUCUUCGCUCGUAGCAUGAACAUUAGGCUCAGCCAGGAACUCAUAAUGACAAGCGACAAGACCAUUGAUGGACGAGGAGCUGAUAUUGUCAUUGCAAAUGGUGCUGGUUUUACUAUCCAGUUCAUUAGGAAUGUGAUCAUCCAUGGGAUCAAAGUUUUUGACAUUAAUAUUGGCACUGGUGGACUUAUUAGAGAUUCAGAGAACCAUUAUGGUCAAAGGACUAUGAGUGACGGCGAUGGAAUUUCAAUUUAUGCCUCCAGCAAUGUUUGGAUUGACCAUGUUUCGAUGAGAAACUGCAGAGAUGGACUCAUUGAUGCCAUUAUGGGAUCCACUGCUAUUACCAUCUCCAAUAGCCAUUUCACAGAUCACAACGAGGUGAUGCUGUUUGGUGCAAGUGAUGGCUAUGAUGGUGAUCAGAAAAUGCAGAUCACACUUGCAUUCAACCACUUUGGUAAGAGAUUAAUCCAAAGGAUGCCAAGGUGCAGAUGGGGUUUUAUCCAUGUACUUAACAAUGACUACACUCACUGGGAAAUGUAUGCCAUUGGAGGUAGCAAACACCCUACCAUUAUAAGCGAGGGUAACCGAUUCAUUGCCCCUAACAAUGGCUAUGCUAAAGAGAUAACAAAGAGGGAGUACACACCAGAGUCAGAGUGGAAAAGCUGGACAUGGAGAUCAAUCAACGACGUGUACCUGAACGGAGCAUUUUUCAGACAAGGUGGAUCUGUUCUGGCUAACAGACCAUUCUCCCGGAAGGACAUGAUCACAGCUAAACCUGGAACUUAUGUGGGAAGGCUUACUCGUUAUUCUGGAAGCCUUAGAUGCAUAGUGGGAAGGCCUUGUUAAGCUUCAAAAUUCCCUUCCUGAAAUGAAUCAUCAUUCAUGCAUGCACCAAAUGACUUUGGAAAAGGAGAGCGAGAAAGAUCUAGCAUUUGAAACAAGCAAUAGUUUUUUCUUGUCUGCUUUUCCUCAGUUAUACAUGAAAGAAAAAAAUAUUGGAAUAUAUGUAAAGUUCAUUACAUAAUUGUUUCAUUCUACAAUCCACACAUAAUUGAAACUAUGUAAAGAUCAUUACAAAUUUUUUUCCUCCACAAUCUACAUAUUCUCCAGUAAGCCAAACGAAAGAUUUUAAAUGGAAUUAAAUGAAAAAUAAUUAAGCAUACAAGACAUUUCCCAAAGUUAAUAUGUAGGUAUAUCAUAUUGACCUAGGCAUCCAUAGGAUCAGAUUCUCUGGCGUCAGGAAAUGAACCUGAUUUCCAUGAAUUCAUCUGAUUUCAGCCGAUGGAUGACUCAAACAUGCAGUAAACUCGAAAAAUUUAUUUACCUAGUUUUAUCCUUUCUACAUAUCAAUACUAUACUUUCUCGGAAAAUUUUAUUCAAAUGGAACAACGGAGGUAAUCAUAGUUUUAUAUUGCAGUCUACAACCACAUAUGCGACCGCAAUAUAAAAGUUUUAGAAGUCUCCACAGUGACUUCACAACC